AUGAAGAAGGCGAUGACUCGCCAGAUACACCGCCUGAUCCACCGCAGGAUGUGCCAGGAGGACCAGUCAGACCGUCGCUUGACAUGGUCAUCUUUCGGCAUGCGCCAGUGCAGCAUGCAAAAGUUCUCCGACUUCUGGGAGCGCAUCAAAACAGCCACUUUGGCAUUUGGCCCAACAUGGAACUUCUUCGUGCUGGUAGACGCCAAUGCCACAGGCAACGCCACGGUCGAGAUCAAGCAAUCGGAUCGCCAAGGUCCGCUCGGAGCGCGAGGUGCAGAAGGCUCGCUGCGGGCGCGCGUCCUUCCGGAUGAGGCGCCAAUCUACAGGGAGAAGCGUGGGCCGGCCACUCCUUUAGAGGUCUUGAGCGAGAAAGCCGCCGCAGAUGCCGCCAAGGCUCGAUCUGCCACUGCUGCAGCGGAGAGCGUCUCCCAAGACAUCGAGGCCCUGUCGGCCGCCGGCCGCGCCCGCGCGGCGGCGCGGGGCGCCGAGAAAGCUGCCCAGGCGGCGAAGAAGGAUUUGGCGGUAACAAAGGAAGCCACGACCGAUCUCCUCCGAGCAGCAGAAGAAGCUGAGGCCUUGGCCAAAGAGGCUGCCCAUUCCAUCGGGAUUGGCGAGGAGGCUGCGGCGGACAUCCCGGCGCAAGCAGAUGCGCUCAUUGGCCGACGCUUGGACCUGAAGUUGGCGAAGCCGCUCCGGGAGUUUAUGGAGCACAAGGCGAAGCAGGAGCUGGCCAACCAGCGCGGCCUCGCGGCAUGCUAUGCCUUCAGGUUUCAGGAGGUGCUGCUAGGCUUCCUCGGGCGAAAGCUGGAUGAGGAGCCUGCCCUGGAUGUGCGGACCAGUCGCUUUGGAGGCGCGGCCCACUGGAGCAUGGAACCAUCUGCAGAGUCAGCGGUGAGGCUGGACUUUCUGAGAUGCGGGAAGUGCGGGGAGGAGCUGGCCCUCUUUGUGCAGCUGGGAGCGGGCUACGGGGACCUCCCCAAGCGCUUGCUGCACAUCUUCGGGUGCCGGAAUAGCAGCUGCGGAAGCGACAGCCGCGCCUGGCGAGCCUUGCGCAGUACGGGUCCUGCGACUCCUCUCGAGGAGACCACGGAAGUCUUGCCCAAAGAAGGCGGCUAUGCAGCUUGGGAUGCGCCGAAGGAGGAUGACUGGGGAGCUGACGACUGGACUACAGGUGCGGCAGAUGCUGAUGCAGAGAUCGAGGCGCUUUUGGCUGCCCGCUCUCAGCCGGCGCCAAAGGCAAGGGUGGAGAAGCGAGUUCCCCCCAGCGAGGAGGACCCGAAGGCUUGGCAUGGCAUCCCGGCGCCUUCGAGGUGUCGGUGGCCCUGCCUGUGCCUGAACUUGCACUGGGAGCCGGAGGCAUUCGAGAAGUCCUUCGAGCACGAAGAGGAGCUGCUGAGGCGCUACAUGCAGAACGAGCUGGGUACCGAGGAUGCAGGUCCUUUGCCCAAAGAGCUGGAGGUGGAGGCUGCGAACCUUCGAGAGGAGGCGAAGCACGACGUGCCCUCGGAGGCGGAGGCUGGCUUCGGCGACGAGGACAAUGACGACGAGGAUGCUGAGGAGGCGCUACGAGCGGGGCAGCGCGUGGGAAUCGAUUGGUGGAGGAGGUUCCAGCGGCGAGUGGCUCGCAGUCCUGAACAGGUCCUCCGCUACCACUGGGGCGGCGAGCCCCUGUGGCUUCAGGCGCCUUCAGGGACAGCGGUUCCCCACUGCAGCUGCGGCUCGCGACGUGGCUUCGAACUCCAGUUGAUGCCAAUGCUCCAUGCGCAGUUGGCUGCAGCAGCUCCAGCGGAGAAGUCGUCAGCGCUGAGCAUGGAGUGGGGCACCGUUGUGGUCUUCACCUGCGCCAAGGACUGCCCAGCUGCAGAUCCCAAGGAGGAGUUCGUAGUGGUGCAACCUGCGGAGUGA